GGUUCCGCCGGAAGUCCCUCGGGCGAGCGGUUGGGAGGAGAGAGACGCGAAAGGAACGGGGGAAGAAAACUAAAACCAAGGAAGAAAACAAAAGGAUCGAGAUUAUUGUCGAGUGCCCAGGGAGACCGCGGGAGUCCAGGAGGAUAAGGGACGAGGCGGCCAUGGACGGCCCUCCCGAGGUGACCGAGAUGUACGACCAGGCGCUGCUGGGCAUCCUGCAGCAUGUGGGCAAGAUCGAGAACUUUCUGGAAGUUUUCUUCGGCUUCCUCUACAGGAAGACCGACUUUUUCCGAGUGAUGGCGCUGAAGGAGGACAGGCUGGGGUUCCCACCCGGAGUGGCCGAGAAGCUGGCCCUGAGGGCUUUCAAAAAGUUUGAACAUUAUUCUAUUCAAGAUCAUGAGAGACGGCUGAAAGAGCUGGAGCGGAAACUGAAGAGCAGGAAUGUGGAAGAGGACAAACCAUGUGUUCCACUUCCUGGCCAGGAGGUCGAGGUUGAGUCAACAGCAGAGGAACAACCUGAAGCAGAAGCAACAGAGUCGGACGAACAGAACACUAAGCACAUCCAGAGUGAUCAGAAGAUGCCUGCAGGUUUGCAGCAACCCACCAUGAGUGAUCCACCGCAAGAGGGCGCUGCUGCAGCACCAGUUGCGAAAGAGGAGGACUCUGAGCCAAUCAAGAAAUGUGAUGAAAAUUCUGACAGUUACAAUGGAGCCGUGAGGGACAACUACACUUGGUCCCAGGAUUACACUGACCUGGAAGUGAAGGUGCCAGUGUCGAAGGCAAUUGUAAAAGGAAGACAGGUUUCUGUUGACAUUCAAAGCAACAGUCUGCGUGUAGCUGUAAUGGAAGGAGGUUGUGAGCGAGUCAUUGUGGAUGGAAAGCUGACACAUAAGAUCAAUACAGAAAACUCUAUGUGGAGCUUAGAACCUGGACGCUGCAUCUUGAUAAACCUGAAUAAAAAUGGUGAAUAUUGGUGGAAUGCAAUUCUUGAAGGUGAAGAGACAAUCGACAUAGACAAGAUAAACAAAGAACGGUCAAUGGCAACAGUGGAUGAGGAGGAACAUGCAGUGUUGGACAGGCUAACUUUCGAUUAUCAUCAGAAAAUGCAGGGCAAACCACAGAGCCAUGAAACGAAAGUGCACGAGAUGUUGAAGAAGGGAUGGGAUGCUGAAGGUUCGCCGUUUAAAGGACAGACGUUUGAUCCCUCUCUGUUUAACAUUUCUCCUGGAGCAGUGCAGUUCUAAAUUCCUUGCCAACACUAUUGAUAUACAGAAGGCACUGCAUCUGGCCCCAAACACCAUGGAAGAUCAGGACAAAUCAUGGAUUGCAGUCUUCUCUUGAGAAACAAGAGACUUCCUCGGAGUUUCAAGUGAAGUCGUUUGCAGAGCAUUGGCUGCCAAGUCUCUAUCACAGACUAUGUAUUUAUUUCAAGUCAUUCUUACUCCCAUUCGUCUUUGCAUAAUUUUGAUUUUGCUAAGAAGUUAUUUGCUGUCUGAGGUUAUUUUGGGCAAUUUCUCCAAGUAUUGUGGUUUAGAAUGCUUUCCAGUGAGUCAUGAGAAUAGUGUUUGAUACUGUUCUUAUCCUUUGUUUGAAAGCACUGAUAUUUAUAUUCCAUAUAACUCACGGUUUUGAAAUUAAAUAAUUAAAAGAUGUGUGGGCAAACAUUAGAGUUAUCUAGUUGAUCUUAGUGUGGUUUAGGAGAACUUUGUCACAAGUUCUUGCAAAAAAACAGAAAUGGAGUGUCCUAUAAGGAAGUUAAAUCAGCUGUAAUUAAAGUCAUGACCCCUUCAUGAGAUAAAAAUGUUACUGAAAUUUUGAUCUGUUGUCUCUGAGCCAGUUUACUUCAAGGAGGAAGCAGGCCACAAAGUUCAUGUAAAGAUGUGUGAUUUAGUUUCCACAAGUGAACAGCAACUGCUUGAAUUAACCUGACUAAUAAUUAAAAUCCAAGAAAUACAAGCAGUUAUAGAAUCAUGGAGCCAUACAGCAUCGAAACGGAUCCUUUGUUCCAACCAGUCCAUGUCAGGCAUGUUCCCAAAUUAAACUAGUCCCAGUUGCCUGUGCUUAGCCCAAAUCCCUCCCAACCUUUCCUAUUUGUGUACUUAGCUAGUGUCCUUUCCAUGUUGAAACUUUACCCACAUUGACCACUUGCACUGGCAGUUUGUUCCACAGAUGAACUACUCUGUGUAAAAAAAAAAAGAGAGUUGCCCCUUGUGUUCUUUCUAAUUCCUUCUCCUCUCACCUUAAAAUAUAUGCCCCCUAGUUUUGAACUCCCUUACCCUAGGGAAAAAAAACCCUUGCUAUUCACCAUAUCACUGUCUCCCAUGGUUUUACAAACCUCUGCAAGGUCACCGCUCAACCUUCCAUGCUCCAGUGAAAAAUAUUUUAGCCUUUCCAAUCUAUUUUUAUCCCUUAAACCCACCAUUCCCAGCAGCAUCCUGGUAAUUUUUUUCUGAUCUCUCUCCAAUGUAAUGAUAUCCUUCUUUUAACAGGGUGACCAGAACUACACACAGUAAUCCCGCGGAGGCCUCACCAACAUCGUGUACAAUCGCGACAUCCCACCUUUCUCAACUCAAAUGUCUGAGUGAUUAAGCAAACAUGCUGAACACUUGCUUAACCACUCUGUCUAACCACCUGUGAAGCAAAUAUCAGAGCAUUAUGUACCUGAACCCCUAGGUCUCCCUUCUACAACACUGCCCAAGGUGCUACCCAUUAAUUGUAUAAAUCCUGUCCUUGUUUGUAUCAGUAAAAUGCAAAUACCUCACAUUUAUCCAAAUGAACCUCCAUCUGCUACUGUUCAGUCCAUUGACCCUAUUGAUCAUGAUCUCUGUAAUCACUGUUCACUAUGCCACCAAUUUUGGUGUCAUCUACAAACUUAAUAACCAUGCCACCUUUCUUCUCAUCCGAAUCAACAAAAUAAGUGAUAAACAGAAGUGGACCCGGCACCGAUCCCUGACUGGUCAAGGGCCUACAAUGUGAAAUAUGACUCUCCACCACCCUCCUCUGUCUCCUACUGUAAAGCCAUCAAGAACCAUUUUUGUGAAGGGGGCAGUUGGUGACAGAUGAAGUAUCAUGUCAGUUUAUUUGUCAGUGUUGUAUAUGUACAUUUUACUGUUCUACUUUAUUUACAAUAAUUUCAAGUCUUGUGAGUUUAAAUGUGAAGCAUGUCUGAAGUUGCAAUACAUUGAUGCUUUUCAAAAACAGACAGAAGUUCCAGCGGAGCGAAGCGUCGAUCCAGCAGCUUAUGCCAUUCACAGCAAGCUUUCCUACUUAGUGUCUGAGGCUUAUUAGCAGAAAAUUCAUUUUAAUUUUAAAACCAUAGGAAACACCCUGGAUGCCAUGCUCAGGUAAGACUUAGUUAUGAGAAAUUUGAAUUAACAGGAACUAAAUUAUCCAAACGCAGAGAGGGAAAAGUUCUGGAUAACACUACAUAACGCAAAUUGGUGGGAUAUAUCAUCAGGAGAAAGCAUUUGUGCUCAUGUGUCUGCAGUAAGUGAAACACCAAGAUGGUCUUAAAUGUCCAUUAAUGAAGAUUGUACUUAUUAAAUAUUUCAUUUUUGAAAUUGAUAAUUUUCCAAAUUGUCACUGACGUAAUGCCCGACACAGUAAGAUCACUUGCAUUGGCUGGGUGCAUGUAUUCUUCAGAAACAGUUGUCUGUUUCUAGUGCAUUCACAUGUUGGUGAGCUCCUCAUUUGAGAGACACCUUUUAACCUUGUUAUCUACAAGUAGCGAAUGCAUUACAAAGAGGCCCCUUUUAUGUCUUCCUGCUUCAUCUGAAUUAACACUGUUGUUGUAAUAUUGUCUUUUACUGACCUGACACAUUCUCAUACAAUUUGGUUUAAUUUGCUACAUUGAAAGCUUCUGUGACAGCAAUUUGUAAGUGUCUUUUUCACCUUGAGUCUGAAAGCACUGUCCCUCCAUGCAAUAGCACAGAUGGAAAAAGUCCUAAGAUGCUUUAUUUAACUGAUAUUCUCUGCAAGUAUGAGUUACAUGGUGAAUGCAGGCUAUUAAAGUGUGGAAGGCAUCACAAUGUAAUCUAAUGUAGUCCUACCUUGAUGUUUCUACAAGAGAUCAGUGGGUGCUGGUUUGGACUUUUGGUUGUUUGUUCACCUUAUUUCUCCCUAAACCAGGCAGUUCUGAGGCUGUUGUGGUACCUCUUACCCUCUGAAGUUUGGAUGAAUUCAUUCAUUGGGAGUGAACACUUGGAGUUUCCUGAAAUAAACUGCUUGAUAAUCCGGCUCACCAGUAUCUGAAGGGUUACGUCUGCUAGUUGUGAUUUACAGUUUUCCCUGAUAAAAGCAUGAUACCUAAAUGACAAGACCAUGAUUGCAUUUCCUCAGCAAAGGCUGCCUUCAUUCCAAAUGGGUUUUCAGAGUGCUCUUAGUAAGUUACUGAUUGGUUAAAACACAGUCAUGCAGUUGCCAGCCUCGUAAGUCUGAUCGUGAGAUAAAAAGAAGUUGACUGCAUUAAUAUUUAAUCUUUAACAGAUUACUGUGAGAGAGAUGUAGUUACAAAGAGUACCUUUGAACAACAUGCUAAAAUGCUGUCUAUAUGUUUACCUUUCCCCAGUGGUCUGGGAAACCACCAACAUUUUCCAAAUGCAGUCUUUUAUAUAUAUGUCAUCCAAUGUAAAGGGUCAACUAUUCAGUAAGAUAAAUGAGAGUUAAUUUGUCUACUCACCUGUGGAUUCUGCCCUAAUGUGCAAUCCAUGAAGCAUGCAAUAUUGUGACCGGUAAUUGUGUGGUCAAAAUCCAAUUAAACUCUCUAAGACAUAAA